GUAUCAACUUUGAAAAUUUUCUUCUGAGAAAAAUAUUCUUACAAAUUUUCUUGAUACCCAUCCAAAUACUUAAUACAACAGACAAGAAAAAAAAAUAAUGAUGCUCAUGAUAGAAGAAGAAAAUCUCAUGUGAAAAAUAAAAGAAAACAGUCGUGAGUGGCUCUUGUAAUCACCAUUUGCACACGGGGAAAGAAAAAAAAGAAGAGAAAUAUUUGAGAAGAUAAAAGACCUUCGAUUUAUUCUUGUCGAUUUUGCUAAGAAGCGUCGCUUAUAGUGGAAUCAAAAAAGUUUUCAUCUAUUCAUUGUGAAGUCAGGACAUGCCGCUAUAUUCGGACAUGUAUUAUAGUUACAUAGGAAAUUCACCCUUAAAUUAUUCCCAAUCACCUUAUUCAUUGCCGUCGUAUUCAUUGUCUGGCUAUACGCCUUACACACCAUCACCUAGAAUCAACAGUUCACAACGUUACCUUCCAAAACUAACUCCGAUCAGUGAAGCGCCACUUUCAAAACAUCGACUGGCAGCCUUGACGCGUAUUGGUUCACCAAAAUCAGCAAUCACUCGUCGAGCUUCACCAAAGUAUGCGCCACCGAGACCUCGUCGUAUUGACACAUCCGAAAUUGAUGUUUCAGCAAAAAGAUUUGCUAACCGUAAAAAGAGUGUAAAUCCAUUAGAAGAAAUUGUAGAGCCAAAUAAAGAACUUGACCGUGAACCUUCUACUGAUGAAACACCUUCAAGAUGUCGAUCAACAAUCAGACGAGACAGAGCUUUAGUCAGAUUGAGAACAGUUCAUUUAAGAUCAGAUAGAAAAAGCCCACCCCCACAACAACCAACACCACCACCGCCACCACCUGUAAUAACGACAUUGAAAGAACAAACUCCUGAAAAUUUGGAAGAGAAAAAUUCUGAUAUUGAUCCUGGCUAUGGAUCAAGUGAGAGAUCAAGUGGAUCGUGGCGAAAAAAUUUUGAAGGUGAACUUGAUUUGUAUGAUCGCAAAGUGACUUCACCUGUCUCAAAAACACCUGGAGAGAAUUUCUUUGAGAAAUAUUGCAUUCGUAGCACUCCAUCGGAGACUGAUGUGCACUAUUUGUCAAUUGAUGAUUUGCCUCUUGAUCAACAAGAUUCUUUACGAAGAAAAAGCGGUGAAAGGUUGCCAAGUUUUAAAGAAAUCUGUUCAGAUAUUUCAUCUGAUAAGCUUACAGAUGAUUUGAAUGCUGGUGAAUUGCGACGUAGAGCUUCGCUUAUAAUUGAAGAAGAAAUAAAUAAAAUUCGACAUUCAGAAUCUGGCACAAUUCUUUGUACUCUUGAAUCUCAAAUACCAGAAGUUGAAGAGAACGAUGACAAACGUAAAAGUCGAAAAGGGAAAAAACUUCGACAGAAAAUCACAGCUAAAACAUCAAUUGAAAAUCCCGAGCCAAUUAUUAAAGCUGUGAUAGCCAACGUGGAAAUCGAAGAGACUUCAUUUGAUGUUAAUCCAAUGAUUGCAGUCGAUGAUGUUGAGAAUAGAGUAAUUAAACUUCCAUUGCGGAAGAAAAAGAAAUUGCCUGACGACACUACAAAUAUUACCUGUGAUGAUCCAAUCGUACCGAAGUCAAAAGAGAACGUGACAAUUGCGGAAAUUAAAACAAACGUUGAGAAAGAUGAAACGCAUAAACCGAUCGUUAAUAUUAAAACUGAAAACGUUGACCUGAAUACGAAAUUAUUAUUAGAAAAAGUUGCAGUAGAUGAAGUGCCCGGUGAAUUGAAAAAGGUAAAGAAAAUAGUAAAACCACGAACAUCAGCGAAGUCUGAAGUUUCUUCAUCAACGAUGAAUUCAUUACGAAGAGAUCCAAGUGGAGAUGACUUUUGGGGAAUGAUUGGUGCUAGAGAAACUGCGAUCUUUAGUCGAAGAAAGCAACAAGUGAAUGAAGAUAAGAAAAAAACGAUUAUUGAAAAUAGUUGGAAGGAAGAAGAAGAUGAAGAAAUGUCUUCGCUGCCACAAGUUUCAGUCGAAAAAUCUGUUGGAAUUGACAAGAAAGUUGUGGUUGAUAAAACAAAAACUUCAAUUCCCGAUCUAAAUCUCAAACCAAAAACAAUUGAAACAAAAAUUGAGUCAUCAAUGGAGAUUCCAAAUGUGCAAAGAAAAUCAAACCAGAGCGAAAAGCCAGCAGAAAAUGUCAUUACGAAAACCACAACAGAAGGAAAAGUUGCACCAUCAAAGGUGAAUGAACUGAAAGCGGAGCAGAAAAUUGUUACGAAAAAUAUUAAAAGUGAAGAAUUAUUGAAUGAAACUGAUAAAAAGUCGAAACUAAAUGCAGCAAAAUCUCCGAACAUUAACGAAAUAAAGAAAGAAGAAAAUGAAGAAAAGCCUUUGAUAUUGCAGCCAGUGCCAAAGACGAAAAAAUUAUUAAAUAAUCCAAAGAUUGAAACUGAUACGGGAUUAAAAUUACUUCAAAAGAAAACAGAAAUGAAUUCAUCGGGAAGUCCAAAAACUCCGCCAAGUAUGCUUCAUAAAAUUAGUGAAGUCACAACACCGGACACGACGAAAACAACUCCAUUGAAAACUUUGAAAUCUCCACUUAAAGUUGAUUCACCACAAUCACCAACAGUGAAAAAGUUUGAUUUUAAUAAAUCGAAAAUUGAAUCUCCGAAAACUCCCAAAACACCAACACAAAUUAUUCUGAAAAAGUUUGAUGAAAAGAAGGAAUUAAUUUCGGUUAAAACGUUACCAGAACCUAAACUUGCCCUUGUUAAAGAUCAGGUUGUAGCCAAACCUAAAGAUGAUUCACCAACCCAACAGUUAAAGUUCACUCAACUCAAACAAGAACCUAAGAUCGCGUCACUCUCUACAACUCAAGAACUGUUGAAAACAAAAAGCAAAGAUAAAAUUCCAGACGCUCCCAAAUUGAAGAAAACAGAAUUGAUUGAUGAAAAAUCGAAGAAAGCCAAUGAAGCUGAAAAAGAAAUGGUCAAUGUCAGCAAAUCAUCUGUCAACAAUCAAUCAUUGAAAAAAGAUAUUAAAAUUUCUGAUGAAACUCAAAGCAACCACAAAACUGUUUCUACAAAAUCAAAAACAACAUUGACAAGUCUCGAAGGACGAAAGCUUGAGAAGCAGGAAGUUAAAGACGAAUAUAAAAAUACGCAAUCGAAAAUUGAAGAGCCUGCAAAUAGAGAAGAGUCAAAGUUUGCGAACAGCAAAAGUUUUGGCAAACUAUCUAAAUUCCCCACGCUAAGUAAUUUAAAUAGCACCGAAUCGUGUGAUAAUGAACAACAACACAUAGAGAGAGUAGCGAUUGACAACAUAACAAUCGAAAAUGAUCAACAAAUCGAUUCUCAAUCGAUCAGUGUCUUAAAUGAAUUGAAAGUUUCAAGUCCCACACCUAAUCAAGUGAAUAAGAAAGAAGAAUCGGAGAGUGAUAGUGAAGAAGAGUCUUCAUACGAAGACGAAAGUGAAGAAUCGUCUGAAGAAAUGGAGAAAAAAGAAUUCGAUCCACAGCGUAAAGUGAAAUUGGACGUUUCACAAAUGCGCAAAUUUUUUGGAAAAGAUGAAAAGCCUUUAGUUACGUUAACAGCACGGCCGCGUCCACUGUGGAAAAUUAAACGAAAUCGGCAUGCAGUGUUUAGUGAAUCAGAAACAGAAUCAUCAGAAGAAGAAGAUGAUGAAGACACGCAUUCAACUGCUGAUGAUUCUGCAACAGGAAGCAGUCAAAGUAGUAGAAAAAGUGAAAAGCCAAAGAAAAAAAAAGAAUCGGGUAAAAGUGAUGAAGGUGACAAUAUCACAACUCUUUUGCCGUCUCUCAGUGCACUUGACAUUGAUGGCAAGAAAAAGAAUCGCUUAAGUACAAGUAGUCACGAUUCAGGCUUUUGUGGUAUCGGUGCGACUGCAGCGAGGUCACCUCGCAAAGCCUUGGGUGAGUUACAAGUUCUAGUCAGCAUGACACAAUAAAGACUUCGUUCACCUAUGCACAGUUCCAGAAGACUGGAAAGUUAACAGCACCAGCAACGGUUAUUCCACGCUUUAGGAAGUACAAUGUAGAGGAUUUCCACUUUUUAACAGUCUUGGGCAAGGGCAGUUUUGGGAAAGUAUUUUUAGCUGAAUUGAGAAAUACCGAGUACUAUUACGCCGUAAAAUGUCUGAAAAAAGAUGUCGUGUUGGAAGAUGACGAUGUUGAAUGUACGCUUAUUGAGAGAAAAGUUCUAGCAUUGGGAACAAAGCAUCCAUACUUGUGUCACUUGUUUUGUACAUUUCAAACUGAUAGUCAUUUAUUUUUUGUGAUGGAGUACCUGAAUGGUGGCGAUUUAAUGUUCCAUAUUCAACAAAGCGGACGAUUUACUGAAAAGCGAGCAAAGUUUUAUGGUGCUGAGAUUGUGUCAGGUUUGAAGUUUUUGCAUCGAAAAGGAAUCGUUUAUCGUGACUUGAAGCUCGACAAUGUUUUACUUGAUCACGAUGGACACGUUCGAAUAGCUGACUUUGGAAUGUGUAAACUUGAAAUUUAUUUGGAUAAAACUGCUGAUUCCUUUUGUGGGACUCCCGAUUACAUGUCACCUGAAAUAAUAAAAGGUUUACACUAUAACCAGUCGGUCGAUUGGUGGUCUUUUGGUGUCCUUCUGUAUGAAAUGCUGAUUGGACAAAGUCCAUUUUCGGGUUGUGAUGAAGACGAGCUUUUCUGGUCAAUUUGCAAUGAAAUUCCAUGGUAUCCACAUUACUUGUCAAAAGAAGCUUUGAAGUGUCUACAAGGACUGCUAGAGAAAGAUGUGACCAUACGAUUGGGUUCAAUAGGAUCAACUACGGGGGAUGUCAAAGAUCAUCCUUUCUUCAGUGACAUUCAUUGGGAUAGACUUGAAAGAAGGGAAAUGGAGCCACCUUUCAAACCACAAGUCCGUCAUCCACUUGACACACAAUAUUUUGACAGUCAAUUUACACGUGAACGAGCACGUCUGACACCCAUCGAUAAAAACAUUCUGAUAAGCAUGAAUCAGAAGCAAUUUGAAGGAUUUAGUUAUACAAAUCCUAAUGCAACACUAACGUGAAUAUUGCUUUAUCAUCUUUUUUAUUUCAUGUUGUUUUCAAGUCAUUUUUAUUUUUUGUUGUAGAAUAAUUAACAAAAGUUUUGACAUAAGUCAAACCCCAAGUUCCUCAUAAUUUGUGUUCGUUUCGUAAUUAAUUCAUGUUGAGAGAAAAGCAAACAAACAAACGUUAACUGCAUCAAUAAAAUAAUUUAUUUUCCUUCUUCUCUUUCUUACAUUUCGCUUGUCUACGAUCUUAUGAUUUGCUUCUUUGACAUCAUUUUUUAUGAUUUUAAAACUAACAAAAUCACCAAAACAUUUUUUUAUCGGUCACAUGGGAAACUGACUGAAACAUUCGAUGAUAAAUUCUUCGAUGGAAUCUUUUUUUGUUCUGGAAAUGGAAUUUUGUAGGAAGUUGCUUGAAAAGAAGAGAAAAUCUCAACCGAAACUUCCAAAAUUUUACUUUUGUCCAUGCACUGGUGAAAUGAAAAUCACUGAAUCAUUGUAUUAGAAAUUAUUUUCUUGUAGUGAAUUAAAAAUGGAAUAAAAUUAAGUUUGCAGGAACAGACUAGGUAGAAAAUUUUUGAUAUAAGACGAGGUGACGAAAUAAUUUGUGGCUUGUUACCAAUUUGAAGUUGAAUAACGUAAAUGUCUUAAGCAGGUCUUAAAUAAUUUUUAAAAGUAUUUAUUCAAGCAAUUUCCCAUCUAAAUUAAAUGAAUAAUAAGACCAUGACAACUUUAUUAAGAAAUAAAUUUUGAAGAUGAAACCUCAAAUAUUUUAAGUAAACUUUUUCUUUGUAUAAUGCUCGUCUUUUCUUUCAAAUUAUUGUUAUUUGGAGAGUUAAAUAUACGAAAGUUUACUCAAUUGUAAAAUUGCUUUUUGGGAUCAAUUGAUAAAAAUUAUUGGAUUUAUUCGUUGUUUCAAAACAAUGUUAAGAAAUGAUAGAAAUUUGUUGAUCUUUUGAGAUGAAAAUAAAUAUGAAAGAAUUGAUUCCAUCAUUUCUCGAGAACAAAGUAUUUUUUUAAAUAAAAUUUCUAUGCAAGAAUAAAAAUAAACCUGAAAUAUUCAUUCAAAAUAAAAAGUUUUGUACACAAAUAGAACCAAAGUUCAUAUUUAAUUUGUGGCCUUGUGACAGGUUGUUGGAUUCUAAAUAAACUAAAAUCUUUAUUGAAAUUUUUUUGUAUAAUUUUAUGCUAAUAAGAAUCUCAAAUGAAAAGAUAGAAUAAAAUAAAAAUUUAAACAAGAUG